UUCCUGUAUCUGUCUGCCUGUCGUUCCUGUUGCAGUCUGCUGUUUCAUGAAGUUCUCUUCAACCAAAAAGUCUAGAUGAGGAAAAGUGGCAUCCUGAGCAAACAGUAUAUGUGUAGGGGCUUAUUCCAGAGGGGAAUAUGGUUCUUUUCUUCCUAUCCUGAAGUGGAGCUGGAAACUGUGACAGUAAAUGUAACCAUUCAGGACUUUGUGGCUGAUGUGGUGUCUGAGCUGGUUUUCUGCAACGUGCAGCAAGUCUCCAAGGAGACCAUGUUCAUCUUUCCUGUGGAUUCAAAUACUGUUGUAGACACCUUCCACGCUACCAUGGGGGACUCUUGCAUUCAAGCAAUGCUCUGGGAGAAGGAGGAGGCCCAGAAGCUGUGCAAAGCUACUCCAGGCAUGCAGAAUUUAAGAUACCUGCAGGAUCAGUGGGAUCUCUGGGGUCGUGUGUUCGCUUGUUUCUUGGGAACUCUGCCUCCUAACGGGGAGGUGACCAUCAGCCUCUGCUACACCCAGGAGCUGCCACUGCAGCCAGAUGGGGCUGCCCAGUUUUGCUGGCCACAUGAACUGUUCCCGUGGAUAAAAUACACCAGCCGGAUCUCUUCCAAGGAGGAGAUGUCCAAAAAUCUGCACUUCAGCAUCUCCCUGAAGUCAGCCCGUGGUGUGUCCCAUGUAGUCAUUAACAGCAGCCACACCCCUUUGCAAUACACGGCUUCUGAUCACACAUCUGCUCAGGUAUUCUUGAAAUCAUCACCCUGGAUGCAGGAUGAUCUGAACUUAAUGGUGUAUUACAAAGGGCCUCACACUCUCAGUGCUGUGGUGGAGAGGAGAGAUCCUAAAGCCCCACCUGGCUCUCUGCUAGGACACCCUGUUGUGAUGCUGACACUGAUGCCAAACAUUCUGGAAGUAGUGCCCAGUCCAGGCCAUCUGGGGGAAUUCCUCUUUCUUGUGGACUGCAGCCUCUUCCAGGAUGCACAGACAACACUGUUAUUCCUCCUCAAGAGUUUGCCUCUGGGCUGUUACUUCAACAUCUACAGUUUUGGGGCCACUUUCAAAGCCUUCUAUUCGCAGAGCGUGGAGUACACACAGGAAAACAUGGACAGUGCUGUGGGGCGCAUCUCCUCCAUCUGCCCUGAUCUGGGGGGCUGUGACCUGUUGGGUCUCCUAAGGUCUAUUUACAGCACUCCUCUCCUUUAUGGGCACCCCCAUCAGCUUUUUAUCUUCAUUCAAAGGAAGAUCUCCAGUGAAGAGGAAGCUGUCAUGGCUGAGGUCUACCGUUACCGAGACCACCACCGGUGUUUCUGUUUUCCUGCUAACAGAUGUGUCAACUUUCACCUUUCCCGGGCCAUAGCCCUGGAGACAAAAGGUGAAUGUGUGUGCAUCCACCCUAGAGUGGACAUGACAUCCAAGGCAGUGAAAUGUCUGCAGCGGGCUCUGCAGCCUGUGGCCAGUGGGAUCUCACUACACUGGGACCUUCCACCUGGCCUGGAGGUGUCACUGAUCAGAAAAGCUCCUGAGAUGAUCUUCCAGGGACAUCAGAGCUCCAUCUAUGCCCAGAUCUGUGGGGAAGCACAGGAUGCAAAGGUGGAUGAGGGAGCUGUGACUCUUCAGUACCAUGUGGGCAAUCAGUUCUUCGAUUACACACUCAGGUUCUCAUUGUCCCCAUCAUCAGAUGACAGGCUGCCAGUGCAUCGCAUGACCCUGAUGCACCUGCUGUGGGAACGAGCCUGGGAGGGGACAAGCAGGACAGAGAAGGACACCUGGCAGAGCACAGUGAAGUCCAGCCUCACCCUGGGGGUUCCAUCUCCCUUCACAUCCAGUGUGGCUGUACGGAUGAAACAGAGGGACACCUGGCACCAUGACUCUUCCACGUUGCUCUCUCCCUCUUUAAACCUGGUUCCCUGCCAGUUGCUCUGGUUGCGUGGAUUCAGGCCUGGGUUGUUCAAGUCCACCAAGUUUUGGAUGGUUCAGAAAUGCCAGUUAUGCCUUGAGAUGCUCGGUCACAAAGCCCCUGACACUGAGAUACUCACCCAGCUUUCGACAUACUGUAAAGAGCAGAAGCUUUCUCCUGAAGAACAGGUGAUGGAUGAACUGCCAGCAUUUAACAUUGGUUGGGACUGGGCAAUUUCACCGCUGGCAACAAGACUGUGUGACUUCUCUGGGCUCAGGGCAGUGGUGGCACUCCAGAAAGCAAAUGGCUCCUGGGCCCUCACCACAGCUCUGGCCUCUGCCUUGGGGCUCAGCAAAGCUGAUAUUGAGGGACAGAGGCCCAGUGAGGAUGUGGAGCCAGCUGUCUGGGCCACAGUUUUGGCCUUGGUCUGGUUGCACAAGUAUAAGUGGAAGGUACCUUGGUCAGAGCUUCUGGUGGCCAAAGCAUGCAGGUGGCUGCUGGACCAAGAUGAAGUCCAACUGGAUGAAUGUCUGGAGGCAGCAAAUUCCCUACUGGGCUGCUUUGAGGAGCCCACUGUCUUCAGGAUGUGCACUUACCUCACUGCUGGGGGUGGAAAAGAAGCUAGGUGGGAACACAGCCAGGAAAGCUGACCCAAACUAGUCAAAGGGACGUAUCACAUGCCAUUAAAAUCACACCCUUGUGGGAUGGAGCAAGUGAACUACUGGGUGGGUGCUUAGUUGCUGUCCAUGGCCAACUCACCAAAGCUGGCUUGUUCACGUAUUUGUUCUCUACCAUAAUCACCGUGUUCUGAAAAAAAAUGCUAAUCACAAAUACUAAAAUUUGCUUCAUUUCCAUAUUCUGCUUUUCUCUGAGAUUUACUCAGUCAUCAGUUCAAAAUACCAGACUGCAGGGAGAAAAAUCUGUUAAGAUAAUACAGGAAAACACCUUCAUGUAUCUGACUGUCUGUUUGUUUCCCUCCUCUCUUCCUGUGUGCCUUUCUGGUUUUUUAUAGAAAGGUAAAAAUAAUGUUAUUUGCUAGAGGAACUUUUUUUUCUUUUUCUUUCUUCUUUUUUUUUUUCCUAAAAAACAGUUUGUCAAGUAAAGGGGUGGAUUUCACUGGAUCACUGCAGUGUUUACCAUAGGUGUCCAGUGCUAUUUCAGCUGUCCUGAGAUAUCUGAACCACCUGUCAGGUAGGAGGCAGGAUAGAAAGGACUGGUUUUCUGAGGUGACAGCUGGGGAGUGAGUGAAAUACCAUUGUGGAAUGAGAUUUAGCUGCCUAUGUAUUGAAGUCCAGUGCCAUUUAUGAUGUUCUAGGAUUUUCAAGCAUAUUAGAUUUACAUGACAAGGUUUUGGUAGUGGGCAGGCUGCAGCAGUGACCUCUGUGGGAAUCCCCUAUGUGAGAUUUUCCCAUGCCAAUCACAGGUGGUUCCAAACCAGACCCACUUACAGAGGCAGUCAGCAAAGCUGGUGGCCUCCCUGUAAAAUCACAUGUAAGAAAAGGCAAAUAAUGCUAUGCGGACAGAACAGGAGGGAAAAGAAGAGUGAGAACAGCAAUGCAAACACCACAGUAAGAGAGGGAGGAGGAGGAGGAGGAGGAGGAGGUAUUUCCCUACAGCCCAUGAUGGAGCAGAGAUUCAUGCUGCAGCCCAUGGAGGACACUCUGCUGGACCAGAUGGAGAUUUGCUGAAGGAAUUGCAACCCAUGGGGAGGACCUGUGCUGGAGCAGAAGAAAAGUGUGAGGAUGACAAAGGUCCAGAAGGAAAUUGCUGUGUAUUGGUCAGAGGCCCCAGUCUGCCAUCCUCCCUGUACAGAUGGCAGGGCUGGGGAGCAAAGGAAGUCAGUAGAGAAGUGAAGCUGCGCCUGGGAAUAAGGGGACAUGGGGGAAGGAUGUUUUAAUUUUUGCUUUUAUUUCUCACCCUCCUACUCUAUUUUUAAUUGUCAGUAAAUUAUACCAGUCUUCCCCAAGUUGAGUUUGUUUUGCCUGUGACAGUAAUUGCUAAGCAAAUACCAUAUCUUUUUCUUACCUCACAACCUUUUUCAUUUAUUUUUCUUCAUGUCCUAUUCAAGAAAACGAGUGAGGGAGCAGCUAUGUAGGUGCCUGGCAGCUAGGCAAGGUCAAACCCUAAAAAAAUUCACCAUAUUUUAACAAUGGUUACUUUUCUACAUCUACACUUUUCAUGGAGAUUUUUUGUGUAGUUCAAUCUCACACUUAAGUUACCCUUCACACUCCAUGCAUAGUCAAAGAUGAUAAAUUGGUAUUUCUUCUCAUGGGGUUAUUGGAUCUGAAAGCAAAAAUAGUAUUCGGUGUUUAGAAUCUCACACCAAGCUUUUGGGAUUUCCAACAAACAACAAUAAUUCAGCUGCUCAAAAUCAGGACACAGUGAUUCCAUUAUGUAAAGGUUUGGGGGUGAGGCUGGGAGGAAAUGGAAAGCAAUGAUAAUUUACUUUGGAAAAGAACAACGUGCAAUUAUAUGGGUAAUUUACAGUACAAAGCAGAUAAUGUGAACGAACAUUUAUUUAGCUUUAAAGUGAUGAUAAUAAAGAUGCACAUCAUGCACUCUAAUCACCAUAGCAUGUAAUAGACCUGAUGUAAUAAAGCAAAAACUCCAGUGGAGACAUAUCUAAAUGGACACCACCAAAACCCUUCCCUGCAUUUCUCCUCGUAUUUUCAAAUAAACAU